UGACAAGUCAAACAACACAGCAAUCCGAGAGAAGAAGGCGCUAUGGACUUUUACAGGAAUGACAGAGUGGGCCUCCUGUCUCCUUUAGAAGAGUCCAGCGCCGAGAUUAGUCAGGACAGUGGCAUAGUUUCCCAAAGUGCGAGUAGUUUGUCCAUGGUGAGCGAAAUCCUCAGCAGCGGAACAGUGUCGCAGAGCCCCAGCUUCGGAGCAGCCGCGGCUAAUGUGAUCAGACACAGCCCGAGUCUGGGGGAAGCAUCGGGGCUCAACAUCGACAGGCAGCACCAGGAGGAAGCAGAGGAGGACAAUGAACUACUGCGGGAAACGGCAUUAAGCUACUCAUCCUAUAUCAGAGCUACGGCCGGAGAAGAGGUCUUGUGUCUAGAGAAGAGUUUGGAAGAAAUGCUGACAAGAGUGGAUGAAUUUGUUGGGAUGCUGGAUAUGAUUCGAAAUGACACUUCCCAAAUAGUGAAUGAAGAACUACCUCAAAUCCAACAGAAAUCUGAAGAAAUGAGACAAAUAUAUAGGAAGAUUGAUAAACUAGAGGCUUUUGUGAAGAUGGUUGGAGCAAACGUCAAUGCAAUGGAGGAACAGGUUACACAGGCAGAGGGAGAGCUAGGAACGCUCCCUGGUGCUUUCAAGAAAAUGUUCCGUACAAUGACAGCACCAAGUUUUUUAAAUAAACAGUCCAGUCCCAGACGACCAGCAGCACAUCAGUAUCAGGAGGUGCCUAGUGUUUUUCGAACUGACGAUUACUUUCCACCACAGCCUGAACAGUGACCCACUACGAGACAUAAACCUGUUUGUAGUCUUUGUUUACUGCCAUUUGUUGUAAGACGAUUUUUGGGACAGCCGCUUCAACAAAGCAAUAGUAACAUUUUUCUGAACAAAUCACUGGACUUAAAGUGCAAGAAAACCCUGAUGAUCAAUCAUUGUUUUCAGCAGCAGCAGCACUGAACUGUAGCAAAUCUUUAAAAGUGCCUAAAGGGUCACAAUAAUGUCCAUUUGUUUUUAUUAUUUGUGUAAUAAUACACACUGUGCAACAAUCCUCAAACUACAGAAGCUCUUGAACAGUACCUGUUAUGGAAAUUACAAUAAUCAUUGUAAAGAUCAAUGCAUUUCAUAAACAGAUAACCAAGCUUUUUUAAUAUAACGAACAUUCCUAUUGAUAGAAUUUGUAACAAUCUGCACGCCGUUUUGGAGUUCUGGAUUUCUAAUGGUUCAUCAACAAUAGGCCUUUUCUUGUCUUCCAAUUCAAAGUGUUUGCUGUGUCACUUGUUGUUUCUGACCAUCUAAAGUUGCCUCCUUGAUAUGUAUGCACGCAUGUCUGAUUUUUAAGCACACUGUAAAUGAGCUGUCACUUUAUUAGGGGCCAGUUUUUAAGCUGUGGUUCAUUUUUACAUCAAAAGCUAAAGGAAACUGAAAGACACGUGUGUCUUAAAGAUUAUUUAUUUAAUAGUUUUGAUUUUGUUGUGGCCCAAUCAAUAAUGAACACUGUCGGAAUUCAUUUUAUGUAUUAUUUGCCAAAUAUUUUGUAUAUACCUGGCCUAUACACCUGAUUUUGCUCAAAGUUUUUAGUCAUUAAAUCUAUUUGCAAUA